AUAGUUUCGUUCCGAAUCUCGGGCCGAACAAUGAAUUUGGGUCUCGUUUGGGUCGGUUCAGACCGAUCCGGUUGCCCUUCCCCUAGGACAAACCACAAUUAUGGCCUAUGGAGUAUGGAGCAUGGCCGCAUAGGCCUUUGCCGCCUAGCGGGGAGGCGAGCACAGUUAAACGACGCCGCCUCCGAUUUCCAACACUUGAACGGUCGCGAUUAUGCCCCACAGAUGAACUUUACAGAUCACAAGUUCGCACAUCUUCCCAUUCUCUCUCUCCUCAUUUCCCUUCCUUUCAAAAUCCAAUUGAGCGGAGGAGCGGCCGAGCCAAGCCAACCCGACGUCUCGUCGGUUUUUCCAGAAGAAACCCAAAACCGCCGGCGGAGCGACGACGGUGAAAGGAAGCAGACAGACGGUCAGUGAGUCACCGUGUUAGCGAGUGAUUGAGUAAGAGAGGCAACACAGAGCAGCAAUGGCGGAAGAGGAAUGCGAGCUGAGCGACGAGCAGAAGAAAGAGAUCGCCAAAUGGUUCCUCUAUAACGCUCCUUCCGGCGAAAUCCAGUACAUUGCCAAAGAUUUGAGAUCGGUGUUGAACGACGACAAACUGUAUGAUGAAGCGACCUCGGAGGCGUUCCCUCUCUACAACAAAUCUCACUUGAUUUGCCUCGAACUUCCCUGCCGGAGCGGCGACGUAUUGAUUACGCCUUACAAUGAGCUCGAGGAGAAUCAGUUUAUAGAGCCCCGGACUGCACAGAUUGUCACAAUUGAUCAUGUCAAGCAAGCUUGUACAGAGGCGAGACCGGCAGCCGAUGAGGAACUCGCAUCGCCUUAUGUUGAGGAAUUCCGUUGUGCACUGGACGCGGAAAUACUGAAAUAUGUAGAAGAAGCUUAUCCUAAAGGUGUCUGCUCAGUCUACUUUGUUGAUGGCAAGGAUGCCGAGGGGCCAGGAUGUAAUUUUGAGUUUGCCGUGGUCAUAGCAGCUGCAAGAAAUAGCCCUAAGAAUUUUUGCAAUGGAAGUUGGAGGUCAGUUUGGAACAUAAAGUUCAAAGAAGAUGCAUUGGAAAUCAAAGGAAAAUUGCAGGUGGAUGCCCAUUAUUUUGAAGAGGGGAAUGUUCAGUUAGAUGCAGAACAAGAAUGCCAAGAUGGAACUAUCUUUCAGGCACCAGACGAUUGUGCAAUUUCGAUAGCCAACAUUAUUCGUCACCACGAGGCAGAGUACCUGAAAUCUCUUGAGACAUCAUACUCGAAUUUGUCAGACAAGACUUUCAAGGAUCUAAGGAGGAAGCUUCCAGUCACCAGGACUCUCUUCCCGUGGCACAACACCUUACAGUUCAGCCUGACAAGAGAUAUCCAGAAGGAACUUGGAAUUGGGAAGUGAACAACAUAUCAUUAUCAUCAUCAUCAUCAGAACAAGAGACAUGUAUACGUCGGCCUUUCGGGUACCAUGUGGACGAAUAGUAGUUAUUUUGAUCACCCCCUGCGACUUCAGAGAGAGCUGUGUUUAUCUUUGUGCGCCCAUUUGUCAUUGCAUAUUGUUUACUGUCUCUGUCACCUCUUCCCCUCAGUUUUGGUGUUGUACCAUCGCUUUUUACAGGCUUGUGUAUCAUGUAUAGUUUCAUCUCCCUUUUAUAUGUCCUGAGCAAACCUUAUGUUAGUUUCGCCCCCGAACGAUAUGUGUCACUGUAUUGCUCAAGUACAUUACUCUGUCAUUUUUGUAGUUUGUUUUUGUUUCCCCUCUCUUUGAUCGCCGGUUUUGAACAGGUCAUAUUCAUGCAAUCUGAACUCUAGUAAUGUACGGUGUCGUUUGGAAGUUGCGAUUGUUUUGUUGAGAUUGUCAUUAUGCAUAUAUUGUUUAUAAUGCAUCGUUUUUUUGUUUUUUAGCAGAAACAAUACAUGGAUUGUUUCUAUGAUGUGACAGAAACUAUCACUCAUUUUGAGUGAUUGUUAUAUCUCAACUUUUAGUUGUGAUUUUUGAGAUAGUUGAGUUGAGAUUACACAAUCACACAUACCAAACGUUGUAUUCUACAAUGCAUCAAAUCCGACAAUACAUGUAUAAUAUUAUGCAUGCAUUCUCAACAAUACAUCUAUUUAACAAUCGCAACUUCCAAACGACCCAAUAGUGAAUUAUGGAAUUCACUUUUCCAGUAAUGUUUAAUAAAGGAUUGAAGGAGAAAUUACUUUUCAUCAAAUUGUAGAUAAAUGUUAAAACAGAAGCUGAAGAAAAUAGGUGCAAAACUUCCAUUGCCGGGAAUCGAACCCGGGUCUCCUGGGUGAAAGCCAGAUAUCCUAACCGCUGGACGACAAUGGAGGAGUUUGUCCAUAUGACACAAAUAACAAACUAAUUACAUCAAUAUAAUUGACUCUCAGUCAGCAUUAAACAGAGCACCAUUAGUACAGUGCACCUUCAGAGAAACAUAUAUAGUUCUAGUUCUAGGGUUUCCAGUUCCUUGUAGCUAAUGUUAUGGCGGCUGAUUAGUUACUCAAGGCCCGCUCAUUUUUUUUUUGCUUAUAACAGUCGGUAAACCUCUUCUGGCUCCUCUUGCUGGUUGAUAACAAUCUCAGGGUAAAGAUCCAUUCUUUCUAGAUCCUUUCCCCCUGCGAACCACAGCAGAAUGUCGAUUCUUUCUAGGGCACUGUUAUUUUUCUCUCCACAUUGUCGAGAUGAUGAAUCAAUGGCGUCUCAUUCACAGUUCCUCCUAUGUUCCUCCAAAUACAAGCUGAACAGCUCUUCUGUUUGAUUAUCAAUGUCAUUCCUGUCUGUUCAUUUCGUUUUAGCUUUUUGAAUCUGAAUCCUCCCCUCUCUCUGGAAUGAGGAGAAAUAGCCAAAUCAGAGAUUUGAUGUGCUCCAUAAGGUGAUAACGGCGCCCUCCAUUGGUUGCAUUUGCCUUAUGUUGAAGCGUGUCCUUGGUGAUAACAUCAGAGAAUUGGUUUUCUAGCUGACCAGAGUUUGGGAUCAAUUUUUCAGAACCAAUUUUUGCUGUUUUCAUAGUAGCUACAUUUGCUUUUGGCUCACGAUACUGAUACUUGUUUGUUGACGAUGCCAUUUUCUGAAACAAAGCUUGAGCUUUGGACUUUGAGAUCAGUGAUUGUGUUUGCUUUCUCCAGAACCCCCAUUUUUUUUUUUUUUGGUGGUUUCACAAUCGUCACAUUUGGUGUUGGGAAUGAAUGUUCCUUCUUCUCUUGUGUUCGGCUGAUUAUAUAGGCACCGAUGAUGUUAGUUAAUGGUCAGGGCAUUUUGUUGAAACUAAUGGCGGUGAUUCUUCUUGCCAGCUAUGAUACUUCUGAGUACAAGUCAAUUUGCUUCUUCUUAUAGCCAUCACUGUUAUCAAAUACCACUGCAUCUGCACCUUUUUUUUUGUUUAUGUUCUAGCAGUCUCAUAAUGCAUUCUGCUUUGAGUACUAUGAUGAUGCGACGUUGAACGAUGGACUGCUGAAAGAAGAAUGAUGCGAUGGUUACUGCUGAGGUUGUCCGGUGGCAAUGAAGGUACUCUAUUUGUUGCUGCAAUGAAGUUACUCCACUUCUGUGCUCUACAGAGCUAAACAUCAAAAUAAGUUUGUUACUUAUCAUCAUAAUAAUUAGUAGUAAUUAUUUGUGGUACCAAGUUUGCAGGGAGUUUCGGUUGAAUCCUUGUUGUUUAGCAAGGGCCUUAAGCUCUUAGCUUUAGCAGUUCAAUUACUUAGCAGCACUUUUUUUUUUUCCAACUUAAGAGUUGCAGCUAAUUUUUAACAGUUACUAUAAAUUCCACUAAACACGGUUUUUUUUUUUUUUUUUACUUUCAUGGAACCAGGGUAAGGAGGGAAGAGGCUGAUGAGGUUAUAAAGCUUUCAUGUGGCAAUGAUCACAACGUGUUUGACCGUCCAAGAUAACGGUCAAAUCUCGAUUUUGUCUAGUUUCGUAAAUUUGAUGUAUAGUUGAAGCCACGAAGUUAUAAAUCGAAAAGAUUGAU